AUGCUAUCUUCACCUGGCCUCUCCGACCCAGAGCCAAAAACCAUGGCCAAACGAGAGGACACGCCAGAGUCGCUUUGCGAGUCUCAAGAUAUCGAAUUCAGAUACCUGGAGCUGGAAACGCCCCUCCCUACGCCAUGUAUCAGUUUACCACCAGGUCCUAAUCAGUCUCCGCCGCCUGAACCGCCUAGUUUGGAAAAAUAUACUUCUCCGUUCCUUUGGCCUAAAUGGCGUAAGUCUAUGAUGACUUAUAUUGCCUGUGGCGUCACGGCGUUGGCGGGUUAUGCGGCUGGUGAAGUGAGUCCUGCUUCGGAGGAAUUGACUGAAAAGUGGGGGAUCAGUGCUGUGGUCUAUAAUUUAAGUAUCACGCUGUUCUGUUGUGGUUUUGCCCUUGCGCCCAUGGUGCUGGCGCCAUUUUCGGAGAUCAAUGGGCGGCGCCCGAUCUUCAUCGCUAGCGGUGUGCUCUUUGUUGCCAGCUUGAUUGGUUGCGGUGGAACACAGUCCUUCGCUGGACUUCUUGUGGCUCGAUUCUUCCAAGGUGUUGGCGGCUCAACAUUCUCCACCAUGGUCGGUGGUGUAAUCAGCGAUAUCUAUCACGCCCACGACCGCAACACAGCCAUGGCCCUUUUCUCGGCAUCUGCCCUCUUCGGAACUGGCCUGGCACCACUCAUCUCCGGUGUGAUUGUCACUCGAACUUCCUGGCGCUGGGUAUUCUACUCGCACGCCAUUGUAUCCGCAGCAUUCGUCGUGAUCAUCUUUUUCUUCUUCAAAGAAACCCGAGGCAGCGUACUGCUCAGCCGGAAGGCCGCGAAACUAAACAAAUACUACGAACAGCUUGAAGAAGCAGGCCACCACGGCGUCAUGCUAUCCAGCGAAGAGUCACCAGAUGAAAAGAGCAUUCGACGAAUCAGAUGGAAGGUGAAGAGCGACGAAGAGCGAGCCUCCCUUUUAUCUAUGAUCAAGAUCUCGGUCUAUCGACCAUUCCACAUGCUCUUCACCGAACCUGUCGUCUUCUUCUUCUCCUUAUGGGUCUCCUUCAGCUGGGCAGUUCUGUAUCUGCAAUUCGGCUCCGUGCCCCUCGUCUUCCGUACAAGCCACAACUUCACGACUGAGCAGUCUGGCGCUGUUUUCACUUCCAUGUGUGUGGGCGUCAUCUUGAUUAGCGUCAUCAGUAUCUACCAAGAACGCAUUGCUGCACGCUUUGGCCUCAAGUCUGCCGCUGCCGAGGGUCGACUGUACUUCGUCUGUGUUGAAUCAGUACUCCUACCCAUUGGCAUGUUCUGGUUCGGCUGGACUUCUUUCCCAUCUGUGCCUUGGAUCGUGCCUGCUAUGGCUGUUGGAUGUUCGACCAUGGGCAUUUUCUCGAUUUAUCUCGCCACUUUCAAUUAUCUCGCUGAUACAUACCACCGGUAUGCCAGUUCAGCAAUUGCGGCGCAGUCCUGCUGCCGGAAUCUACUCGGUGGUGUCUUCCCACUAGUGACGAACGCAAUGUUCAACAAUCUCGGAUUCCCCGAGGCAUCAAGUCUGCUUGGAGGAAUUGGAGCUGGCUUGACCUUGGUCCCUUGGGUACUGGCCCUAUACGGACCUCAAAUUCGGGCAAAAAGUAAGCUCGCAAGUGAGCUUGCACACUGA